AUGACACUCGUGCCAUGGCCAGCGCUCUUCCUCGUCUUCCUCUGCUCUCUCUUCCUCUCCUUCUUUGUCAAGCAUCUUCCUCUCCUCAAUACCCACAAACCAUCGAAAGCUCCACUUCCUCCCUCCAUCUCCAUCCUUCCCAUCCUCCUCCACCUCGUAACCCACCGCGGUUCCCUUCAAGGAAUCACCGUCCUCCUCCGUCGCUAUCACUCUCUCCACGGCCCCAUCCUAAGCCUCCGUCUCCUUCCCUUCGCUCCCCCCACCAUCUUCAUCUCCAGCUCCGAUCUCUCCCAUACCGCUCUCUUCAAACACGCCGAUUCCUUCUCCAACCGCCCCCCACCUGUCGAGCCCACCAUCUUCCUCACCGGCGGCAACAACGAUAUCUCCUCUUCUAAUCACGGCUCCCUAUGGAGCAUCCUCCGCCGCAACCUCUCUUCCGAAAUUCUCCACUCCUCCAGUCUCCGUAACUUCGCCCAGGCACGAAGCUGGGCCGUCCAGCUCCUUCUCGAAAAGCUCCAUUCCUUUGCCGGCCGGGAGGAGUUCAUCCCAAAACAGAGUUUUCAACACGCCUUCCUCUCCAUCCUCGCGCUCAUGUGGCCCACAAAAUUAAAGUGCCAAUCAACCAGGUUGCCAUCAGCCGAUGUGGCUGCAGGCUCUUGUCAUAAACCCAUAUUAGACCACGUGGCAGUUCGUGAGCACACCCCCAUGUCACAUGCCUGCUGA